GUUCCCUGGGCCCGUGGCUAGAAGAAACUCCUAAGCCCAUUAGACUCCAGGUCUACCCUUAGAACAAAAAGGACCAAAGAAGGAAGCCAGUGACCUCUCUGCCCAGCCUUUUAUUCACAGGAAAUAUGUCAACAGUUCUCUCCAAGAUGACACUGAACACCCAGCAGGAUCCCCAGAUGGUCCUGAGAAGGCGAGCCAGCACCCCAUUAUCUAUAGCAUCAAAGUCUAGGUCAGGCCUUUUGGCCCCCAAACCCCCCAGGAGACUGAAUCACCCCCAACUCUGCCAGUCAUCCUCUCUCAAUCCCCCGGCUCGGCCCCCUUCGCCUGCCCUGGACAACUGGUCCUCUGACUCCAGCGACUCUGGUGAUUCCCUGUACCGGGUAGUGCUCCUUGGAGACUCCAGGGUAGGGAAGACCAGCCUGGCAAACCUUUUUGCUGGUAUACAAGAUCGAGACCUACAGGAGCAUCAGGGAGAGGAUGUGUAUGAGAGGACCCUGUCUGUGGAUGGCGAGGACAUGACACUGCUACUUAUGGACACAUGGGAGUCAGAGAAGCGGGAUGAGAACAGCUGGCACGGUGAUUAUUGCCUACAAGUGGGCAGUGCCUAUGUGAUCGUGUACUCCAUCACAGACCGAAGCAGCUUUGAGAGUGCCUCUGAGCUGCGCAUCCAGCUUCGAAGGGCUCGCCAAGCAGACAACAUUCCCAUCAUCCUAGUGGGGAAUAAGGCAGACCUGGUGCGCUGUCGAGAAGUCUCUGUAGAAGAGGGUCGUGCUUGUGCUGUGGUAUUCGACUGCAAGUUCAUUGAGACAUCAGCAGCCCUGCAGCACAAUGUGACUGAGCUUUUCGAGGGCAUCGUGCGCCAGAUCCGCCUGCGUCAGUUGGAUCAAGAAGCUAACGGGCCCCGUCUUCCAGACUCUCGCCCCAAGAGCCUCAGCCAGAGGGCCCGACGGUUCCUGGCCCGGCUGGCCAUACGAAACAACAGGAAACUAGCACUGAAGGCCCGAUCCAAGUCCUGCCACGACUUGUCUGUGCUCUGACACGAGGCUCAACCUCACUGAGCUUCAAGGACAUAAGAGGGAGAGGGGAGGCACCUGGACUAGCGCCCCAGAUGUUCCUCUAGCCACUUUCCCCAUCCUUAUAGUCACCUCCCUCCUGCACUGAACCUGUUAUCUUAUCCUCCUAGUAUCACUGACAUGACCAGCCAGAAUGAUUUCACAUUGGGAGGAGAGAGAUUCCCAAGCCUUCAGAGAACAAGGCAAAUUGGAAAGGAUAGUCUGUAUCUAGGGAGUUGAGCCUAGAUGUAUUCUCCAAUCUUAUGAGGCCCCUCCCUGUUCAUAUCCAAAAACAGGGAAGCCAUUGUGAUCUGGUUAGUCCAAAAAAUGGAGUAUUGGGACCUCUGUUGUGCCUGGGAAUCAGGAUAGAGAGUGCCAAUGUUGACCAAGUGAUCCAAGUGCCAGCCCUGAACCCUCAGGAGCAGUAGUUAGGUAGUAAGCUAAGGCAAAUGGGUAGACAACAGGUGGUAACUCAAUAAGGCCAAUAAAACCAUCCUUUACGGGAGGAGAACUCCCUAGCUGGAGAUAGGAUGGACAGGAGGAGAUAUGUCCUCCUGGGGAAGGAAAUAUAUGUCACCAUUUGUACCUUUUUUUGUAUUACCUGUCUCAUCACCAAGCUCUCCAGCCAGUUAUGGUCCUAGAAACUCCUGCAAUAAACCAGACCUAAGAGAUA